UUGAGCCGGGCCACUUCGCCGCAGCCCGCCGGCCGCGCGUCCAGGCUGCCUACUGCGCUGUCCCCGGGGGCGAGUGCGUCUGCCCGGAGAGGGGGGGGGGGGCGGCCCACCUGGGGAGGGGAGCGCCCGGAGGGGGAGGGUCGCCAGCGCCGCUCCAGGUCAUGCGUCGGGGGCGCCAUGGACCCCAGGCAGGGGUUCUCCCUCCACAGGCACCACUCCCACCCAGUUCAAGGCUGUGAGCCCAGCAAGCUUAGACACCAGCAGCCACGGCCAAGGUCUCACCCGAAUAGUUUCCAGCUCCAGCAAAUAGAGUUUCUAAGGGGGCGGCUCCCUGCCGUGCCCCUCACUGGAAAGCAGACCCCUUCGCUGCCACCGUUCGCCCCUGCACUCUGGCCGCGGAUUCCAGGACCACCUGCCAGAAGCAGGGGACUGGAGACCUGGGGUACCCCCAGGGGCGUGCCUCCCAGAAGUCAGGUGCUCCAGAGAGGGUCCUGGUGUCCUGCCCCACGUGGCAGGGCUUUGCCGAGGAGAGGCGUCGACAGGCUUUCCUCACGUUUCCAGGACCUAGGUAUCAGCCAGGGCCAGGAACGGACGGUCUUAGAGCUCUUGCGGGAGCUGGGGGAAGGGAAGGCGGCCACAGCACAUGAUCUGGCUGGGAAGCUCGGAGUCCCAAAGAAGGAAGUCAAUCGGGUUUUAUAUUCCCUGGCAAAGAAGGGUAAGCUACAUCAGGAGGCGGGAACGCCCCCCUUGUGGAGAAUCGCCCCCGCGGUUCAGGCCUGGAACCCGCGUAGCCAAGUAGCCGACGCAGACCGCGCUCGCCAGGACGCUGGGAACUCGGACCCGGGUUUGGACCCUGAAGACCGAAGCUCCGAGUCUGAGUCGGAAGCCGCUCCUGAGCCUUCGGACAUGGCUGAGAUCAAAGAGAAGAUCUGCAGCUACCUGUUCAACGUGUGCAACGCCUCUGCCCUGAACUUGGCCAAAAACAUUGGCCUCAGCAAGGCCCGAGACGUCAGUGCCGUGCUGAUCGACUUGGAACGGCAGGGGGACGUGUGCCGGCAGGGGACGACCCCCCCGGUGUGGUACCUGACUGACAGGAAGCGCGAGCGGAUGCAGAUAAAGAGAGACCCGGACAGCACGCCCGAGGCCGGUCCGGCCGCCGUCCCCGAGGCCAAGGGAGACGUGGCGCUCCCGCCCCGCGACGCGGCCGUGCCCCAUGCCGCGGACGACGCGGUGGCCAUAGAAGACGCGGAGAAUGGCCGGGAACCUGCCGCAAAGCUGGAGGGCAGGCGGGAGGCCGCGCCGGAGCCGGCGAAGCCAAAGCCGCCCGCUCAGGACAACGGCCCCUCGAAGACAGGGUACGUGGACUUUGAGAACGGCCAGUGGGCCACGGACGACAUCCCAGAUGACUUGAACAGCAUCCACGCAGCCCCAGGUGAGUUUCGAGCCAUCAUGGAGAUGCCCUCCUUCUACAGUCACGGCUGGCCGCGGUGCUCGCCCUACAAGAAGCUGGCUGAGUGCCAGCUGAAGAACCCCGUCAGCGGGCUGCUGGAGUACGCCCAGUUCGCCGCUCAGCCCUGCGAGUUCCACCUGCUGGAGCAGAGCGGGCCGCCCCACGAGCCCCGAUUUAAAUUCCAAGUCAUCAUUGGUGGCCGAGAGUUUCCCCCAGCAGAAGCUGGCAGCAAGAAGGUGGCCAAGCAGGACGCAGCCCUCAAAGCCAUGACCAUCCUGCUCGAGGAGGCUAAAGCCCGGGACAGCGGACGGGCAGAAGAGCCCUACGACUGCUCCGUAGAGAAGGGGUCGGAGAAGGCCACAGAGUCCCAGCCCAGCGCCACGUCGGCAACGCCCUUCUUCUCCGGGAAGAACCCCGUCACGACCUUGCUAGAGUGCGUGCACAAGCUGGGGAGCUCCUGUGAAUUCCGCCUCCUGUCCAGAGAAGGCCCUGCCCACGACCCCAAGUUCCAGUACUGCGUCGCUAUGGGAGCCCACACCUUCCCCACCGCGAGUGCCCCCAGCAAGAAGGCGGCGAAGCAGAUGGCCGCAGAGGAGGCCAUGAAGGCCCUGCACGGGGAGGCCACCAGCUCGGCGCCUUCCGACACACAGCCCGGAGGUGCCAGCGUGGAAUCGUUUGAGAACCUGGAGUCCGGGAUGCCCAGCAAGGUCAGGAGGGUGGGCGAGCUCGUCAGAUACCUGAAUACCAACCCCGUGGGCGGCCUGCUAGAGUACGCCCGCUCCCACGGCUUUGCGGCCGAGUUCAAGCUCGUCGACCAGUCCGGCCCCCCGCACGAGCCCAAGUUCGUGUACCAGGCCAAAGUCGGGGGUCGCUGGUUCCCGGCCGUGUGCGCCCACAGCAAGAAGCAAGGCAAGCAGGAGGCGGCCGAUGCGGCGCUCCGCGUCCUGAUUGGGGAGGACGAGAAGGCCGAGCGCAUGGGUUUCACAGAGGUAACCCCAGUGACAGGGGCCACUCUCAGAAGAACUAUGCUCCUCCUCUCGAGGUCCCCAGAAGCACAGCCAAAGACACUCCCCCUGACGGGCAGCACCUUCCACGACCAGAUAGCCAUGCUCAGCCACCGCUGUUUCAACGCCCUCACCAACAGCUUCCAGCCCUCCCUGCUCGGCCGUAAGAUCCUGGCCGCCGUCAUCAUGAAGAAGGCCUCGGACGACCUGGGGGUCGUGGUCAGCUUGGGGACAGGGAACCGCUGCGUGAAGGGCGACUCUCUCAGCCUGAAGGGGGAGACGGUCAACGACUGCCACGCGGAGAUCAUCUCCCGGCGAGGCUUCAUCAGGUUCCUCUACAGCGAGCUGAUGAAGUACAGCCCGCAGACCGCGAAGGACAGCAUCUUCGAGCCCGCGAAGGGAGGCGAGAAGCUCCAGAUCAAGAAGACCGUGUCCUUCCACCUGUACAUCAGCACGGCCCCGUGUGGGGACGGCGCCCUCUUCGACAAGUCCUGCAGCGACCGUGCCGUGGAGAGCACCGAGUCCCGCCACUACCCUGUCUUCGAGAACCCCAAACAGGGCAAGCUGCGCACCAAGGUGGAGAACGGGGAAGGCACCAUCCCAGUGGAAUCCAGUGACAUCGUGCCUACGUGGGACGGCAUUCGGCUGGGGGAGCGGCUCCGAACCAUGUCCUGUAGUGACAAGAUCCUGCGCUGGAACGUGCUGGGCCUGCAGGGGGCGCUGCUGACGCACUUCCUGCAGCCUGUGUAUCUCAAGUCUGUCACCCUGGGUUACCUGUUCAGCCAAGGGCAUCUGACUCGGGCCAUCUGCUGCCGUGUGACCAGGGAUGGGAGUGCCUUCGAGGACGGACUGCGGCCCCCCUUUAUCGUCAACCACCCCAAGGUUGGCCGCGUCAGCGUGUACGACUCCAAGAGGCAAUCCGGGAAGACGAAGGAGACCAGCGUCAACUGGUGCCUGGCUGACGGCUACGACCUGGAGAUCCUGGAUGGGACCAGAGGCACCGUGGACGGGCCGCGGAACGAGCUGUCCCGGGUCUCCAAAAAGAACAUUUUCCUCCUGUUUAAGAAGCUGUGCUCCUUCCGGUACCGCAGGGACCUGCUCAGACUCUCCUACGGGGAGGCCAAGAAGGCGGCCCGCGACUAUGAGGUGGCCAAGAACUACUUCAAGAAGGGUCUGAGGGACAUGGGUUACGGGAACUGGGUCAGCAAGCCCCAGGAGGAGAAGAACUUUUACCUCUGCCCCGUGUAGCGGGCCGGGCGCCGCAGGGUGGGUGCGAGGCGGGCUGUGCUGUCCUGUGGGGGUGGGGGUGGGGGCAUGCUGGGGACACCGGGAACUGGGUUCUUGCGUGCCCGGCCUCUGGGGGGGGUGCCCACCCCUGCCCUGCCUGCGGGGGCGGGGGGAGGCGUGCCUUCUCUUCCCGCCACGCAGGCACGAGGGUCCUCGCCCACGACCCGCCCAGCCCCACUUGGCUCCCGCUGCCCCUCCCUGUGUUUGCCAUCGACCUCUUGCCAUCUUGGCCGGGGCCCCGUCAGCUCUGAGUCCUGGCAGCGCUGGGGGCUUCAGCGGCGGACUCUGUCCGCCCCCCCACCCCCUCCCCGCCGGCUCCCCGCGGCCCUUUUGCGAUCCCCUCCUUCUGAUCACGGAGUUUCUCCUUUUCCUCCCAGAGGGUGAGAGGCGAACUUAAGCGGGCGAGACAUCUAGGAGUCCGUCAGUCCCGGGGCCGUGGGGUCAGCGACCUUCGGGCCUUGCACUUUAGCGGGCACAGGGGGCGGGGCGGCCGCGAGGGCUGGCGCAGCCUGGGGGUCCCCCAGCGAUAGCAGAGGGCCCUGCGGGGCGACGCCGACCACCCAGGGGGCACAGACCCGCCUCGCCAGACCGCCAGGCCGCGGCUGUCCUCCUGAAGCAUUCCUAGGGAUUUGUCAUUCCUA